AUGCCUAAGAUCUCCGUUGGUAACAAGUACCGCAUGACGCUCGCCCUCCCGGCGGGUGCGGUCAUAAACUGCGCCGACAACUCGGGUGCGAAGAACUUGUACGUCAUUGCCGUGAACGGUACUGGUGCCUCGCUCAACCGUCUCCCGGCUGCUGCUGCUGGUGACAUGUUCGUGGCUUCGGUCAAGAAGGGUAAGCCCGAGCUGCGUAAGAAGGUCAUGCCGGCCGUGGUUGUGCGUCAGCGCAAGCCGUGGCGCCGUCGUGACGGUGUCUUCCUCUACUUCGAGGACAACGCCGGUGUUAUUGUGAACCCGAAGGGUGAGAUGAAGGGCAGUGCUAUCACUGGCCCUGUUGCUAAGGAGUGCGCUGACCUGUGGCCGCGUAUUGCCUCGAACGCUGGCACUGUGGUUUAA